AUGCGGAGAGAGACUGAGAAGUUUGGAAUUCAGCUGCCUCCCUUUGAUCCGUCCAGCAGUGCUCAAAGAGAAGUUUUCAUGAAGGCCACCACCUACCUGGCCAAGAUUGCUGUUGUCCUCCAGAAUGCUCCAGACAAAAUGCUCACCUUCACUCAGAUAAUGGUUAAAGUGGUACUACUAAUCUCCAAAGAAAAGUCUGUUGAGAACAACAUCAGAUGUUUGUCUACACACAAGUGUUUUAUCAAGAUUCCAGUCGUCCCAGGUUCAAAUUUAAGUAAGAGGAACUACUGGAAACUGGACUAUAGUCAGAUCACAACAAAGAUGGUGCGUCGUCACUUCAGGGAAAUCCUGCAUCUGUUCCCUGAGUUGAGCCUCAAAGUGGCAACAGAGAACCAGAGCAGACCAGUGGAGAAGCACACGACUCUGAACCCUGAACCAGAUGCCUGCAGAGCAGUUAAACAUGAAGCAAAGUUCAACAGUCCUUUCUCCAUCGAAUCCCUCCUGAAGAGAGACAGUCCCUCUGCUGGAGGCUCCAGAGCUUGUCCUCUGUCCAGUGUGCAGGUCAGAGCGGAGCAACAGCCUCAGCCUGCACACAGACAAGCUGGGAUAAAGAGGAGCUUCAACUGGGACCCCUGUGAGUCUCUCCUACACACUUCAGCUGGCAGUUCCCCUUUCUGCCCAGCAGGGGGCAGCACACACUAUGGCCCCAUCACUACAGGAGCUGCUCGGCUCACCAGGAAGAUACCUGUGCACACUGAGCCCUUAUUCCCAGUCUACACCAGAGCUGCUCCAUAUUUCACCAGCCCACACUGUAGUUACAUCACAUACUCUGUACCAGCUUUUACCCAUAAUGCUCUUCGAUUUUGA